AUGCAGAGACAAUCGGAGCACACGUAUUCGCUGCCUUCGCGGGAUAACUUGUCGAAUCCACGCCCAAUCGGACAGCAUUCAGCGCCACCGUCUCCCAAAGUCGGUAUCUUGCAAACCAGCAAAGGUAUUUACGGCCACACUUCUUCUUCGUCGCCCUCUACCUUGGCACAAAAGCACAGGACCGAAUCCUCUUCUUCUCUGACGAACCUAUCGCGCGCCACACAACAAGGGCUUGACAUUACGCAUUUUUUAUCCGCGGAAAAACUUGGCUACCAACCGCAGGACUGGACGCUGCUUGCGAUCCAGCGUGCACAAGGAGGUACGAAAUAUGUGGUAACGCUCAUGUAUUUGCAUACGAUGACCCUAUACACAUGGCCAUUUGACCCGCGAAAACCGCCCGCCCAAGGUACAUGUUUCAUUACACCGAUUGCGUCGGAUAAUACAGAAGCGUCGUCUCCAGCGGUCCUACGUAAGUCGCUGCGUGUCCUGGAAGAUUGUCUGCGCACCUGGAUCCGCCACUCGCGGGCCAAAUCACCCAUGCGCGGCUCGUCGCGCUUGAUUGUGAGCAGCGCCGAGAUUGAUUUGGUGAAUCAUUUGCUGCACCUCUAUACCACAACAGAAGACCAGCGCGAAGAUUGGCUCCAACGACAAAAACUUCCCGCGGAACUGCCGGGCUCCGUAACAACCUCCCCUUCCAUCACCCCACCCAUCUCAGACGACGGAUCCAUUCUGUCCCUCCCAGAUAUGCGACGCCAUUCGCGCCAAGGAUCCCUGUCGCCAAGAGGUCCCAUUUCGCCGCGCAUGUCGCCCCUGUUGGGCCGCGGCACAGCCCUUCAGCUGCAAUGUCCUAGCGCGCACGAGGACGACGCGCAAGAAAACGCAAAGGCACCUGCCAUCAGCAUCACCGAGCCGUCGCCCGUGUCAUUGCAUCCUGCGCUCCCUCCCCCACCGAGCGCCGCCCAGAAAGAGUUUGACAAAAAGCUUCACGAUGCCAUCGACGCCUUGUCGCUCGCCACGUCGUCCAACCGCGGCGCAUCCUCUGCACCCGCACUCCCUUCGUGCGUGCCCUUCACUGAUACCCAGGCCGAGCAAACGAUACCACAGCGCAUGCUCCGGGCAAAGCGCGAGCCUGCGCCAUCCAAGACGGCACCCCGUGCUUUUGCCAAACUUUUGCGUGGGAAACGCGAAUUAAGCUAA